ACAAAAUCAUAAGAAAGAAGAGCAAAAUAGAAAAAUCUGUUUCUGAAUUGUGUCUGGGUUAGGUUUUGAUUUGAAUGGAAAUUGAAAAUAUAAAUUAAAACUGAAUAUGGCACUUUUAUCUUCUUGUUUCCUUCGAUCAAUUAAACCCUUAGCCAUAGGAAAUUUAAUAACAUCGUUCAACUCAUUGCAUUUGGUUCCGAAGUCACAGUCGCAAGUAGCGAAAACCUCAGACAAUUUAAAUACGGUGGGACUUGGAACUCAUUAUAAAAAAUUGUUCGACAAUGUUAAUAGUGAAAUAAAAUCAACGAAAAGCCAUGGACGUUUAUUUGCUGUUGUGCACCUGUGCGGAAAGCAGUUUAAGAUCACUACUGGUGACAUAAUAGUUGUUGAGGGUUACUGGCCGCCGACCAACUCCGAGCGCAUCCACCUUGAAAAGGUUUUGGCUGUUGGAGGCAAUAACUUCACUUUAUUCGGAAGGCCUAUUCUUGAAACUGGCUUAGUUGAUGUUCAAGCAACUAUUAUCGAGAAAACCUUAUCACAUACCAAAACGCAUUUCAAGAAGAAGCGAAGGAAGCAAUACACGCGAAUCAACUUCCAACGCUCCCCGCAUACGAUGAUACGUAUCAACUCAAUAGAUGUUGUGGGAAAAGUAAACGAGUCUUCAAAAGAUAUAAAUCCUGUUAAAAUUUUCUAAUAAAAUCUUUGAACCUUUAAAAGAAAAAAAUGUGCUUUGAGAUUAACUUUAAGAGUUUUUUCAAUAUACUUACCUACUUUACCAGUUGUACCUUUUAA